AUGCUAACAAGGAACUGCCUGCUGCUGUUCCUUUGGAUUCUCGUCGACGAAGGCUCGGUCUCCUCCCUGCGUCCGCCGUCGCCGGCACUGGGACGCAGCAGGGUGGCGCGGGAGCACGCCAGAGGCUUGGUGGGCCCGAUGAGGAAUGGGGCGGCCGGAUUUCAACGAGUCAAGAGGGGCUGGGUGUGGAACCAGUUCUUUGUGCUCGAGGAGUACAUGGGGUCGGACCCGCAGUACGUGGGCAAGCUGCACACUGACCUCGACGGGGGGCACAGCGCGGUGAAGUACACUCUCUCGGGAGACGGGGCCGGCUCCAUUUUCACCAUCGACCAAACGACCGGGGACAUCCACGCCUUAAGGAGUCUCGACAGGGAGGCGAAGCCUUACUACACCCUCCGCGCCCAGGCUGUCGACAUCGACACCAACAGGCCCCUCGAACCCGAAUCGGAAUUCGUCAUCAAGGUUCAAGACAUCAACGACAAUGAGCCGAAGUUCCUGGAGGGACCGUACACGGCCACUGUGCCCGAGAUGUCCCCAGUAGGGACGUAUGUGACGCAGGUGACGGCCACAGAUGCAGACGAUCCCACCUAUGGAAACAGUGCCAGAGUGGUGUACAGCAUCCUCCACGGCCAGCCGUACUUCUCCGUUGAUCCCAAAACAGGUGUUAUAAAGACCGCGUUGCCCAAUAUGGACCGAGAGGUGAAGGAACAGUACCAGGUGUUAAUCCAGGCCAAGGACAUGGGGGGCCAGCUGGGGGGGCUGGCCGGGACCACCACCAUCAACAUCAGCCUCAGCGACGUCAACGACAACCCGCCCAGGUUCUCCAAAAGUUUCUUCCACCUCCGGGUUCCCGAGUCGUCUUCGGUGGGCUCCGCCGUGGGCCGGAUCAAAGCCCACGACCUGGACGUCGGGAGGAACGCCGAAGUGGAGUACACCAUCGUGCCCGGUGACGGCGGCGCCAUGUUCGGCAUCACCACCAACGAACACAACCAGGAGGGGAUCAUCAUUCUCAAAAGGCCCCUGGACUAUGAAAGCAAGAAGGCGUACACCUUCAAGGUAGAUGCCUCCAAUGCUCAUCUGGAUCCACGAUACCAAAGCUUCGGGGCCUUCAAAGACACGGCAACGGUGAAGAUUAACGUUUUGGAUGUGGAUGAGCCCCCGGUGUUCAAUAAGCCCUCCUAUGUGAUGGAUGUGUACGAGGACACACCCGCGGGCACCAUUAUCGGAGCGGUGACGGCUCAGGAUUUAGAUGCCAGCAGCGGUCCAGUCAGGUAUUCCAUCGACUGGAAGAGUGACAUGGACAGCUACUUUGACAUCGACCCAGUGGAGGGGACCAUUUCCACCAACGAACUCCUCGACAGGGAGAGCAUCGCCCGGCACAAUAUCUCCAUCGUGGCGACCAAACUUAACAGUCCGGUUCUGACCAGUCGGGUGGCCGUCACCGUCAACGUGCUGGACAUCAACGAGUUCCCGCCCGAGCUCGCCAGUCCUCACGAGACCUUCGUUUGUGAAAACGCCAAAAUGGGACAGGUGAUUCAGACAUUCGGUGCAAAAGACGAGGAUCUGCCAACUGCUGGGCAACGGUUCUCCUUCAAAUCACCAAAAGAUGACAUGAAGAACAAGAACUUCACCAUCCGGGACUUUGGAAACAACACAGCCGGAAUCGUGACCAAGCGGAACGGCUUCCGACGGCGUCUGCAGGAGAUCUACUUCCUCCCCGUGGUGAUCGACGACAACGGCUACCCUCCGAAGAGCAGCACCGGCACCCUGACCGUCCGCGUGUGCGGCUGCGAAUCCAACGGCUCCCUGCUCACCUGCAGCGCCGAGGCCAUCUUUCUCCCCGUGGGCCUCAGCACGGGAGCCCUGGUCGCCAUCCUCCUGUGCAUCGUCAUCCUGUUGGUAAUCGUGGUCCUCUACGUGGGCUUGAGGCGGCAGAAGAAAAAAGAAACCCUCAUGUCAUCCAAAGAGGACAUCCGGGAUAAUGUGAUCCACUACGACGACGAAGGCGGCGGCGAGGAGGACACGCACGCGUUCGACAUGGGGACGCUUCGCAACCCCAAGGUCGUCAAAGAGAACCUGUUCCGCAGGGACGUCAAACCCGAGAUGAGAAGAGGUCCCAGGCCGCCGGUCUCGCAGGACAGCGCUGACAUCCGAGAUUUCAUCAACCAGCGGCUGAAAGAGCACGACGUGGACAACGCGGCGCCGCCCUACGACUCCUUGGCCACGUACGCUUACGAGGGCGACGGCUCGGUGGCGGAGUCGCUCAGCUCCAUCGACACUCUCGCCGUAGACGUCGAGGAGGACUAUGAUUACCUCGACGACUGGGGGCCACGCUUUAAGACUCUGGCGGGGAUAUUUGGGGAACAGUCGGAAACUCAGUCGGACUCGACCACUACGGAGAACACACAUUGA